AUGACUAUGGAUACUGCGCAAUUAAAGAGUCAAAUACAACAAUAUCUUGUAGAAUCAGGAAACUAUGAACUAAUUUCAAACGAACUAAAAGCCAGACUACUUCAAGAAGGUUGGGUGGAUAAAGUCAAAGAUUUGACCAAAUCAGAGAUGAACAUAAAUGAAUCUACGAACUUUACCCAAAUUUUAUCCACCGUAGAACCCAAAGCAUUAGAAAUGGUAUCGGAUUCAACAAGGGAAACCGUUUUAAAGCAAAUAAGGGAAUUUCUUGAAGAGAUUGUAGAUACACAAUGA